GUCACUGAGAUUGUUGGAAAAUUUGGAAGAGGUUGAACAAAAUAAGUUGAAACAAGACAGAUGAAGAGAGGCAGCACAUGGGAUCCAUCUGGAAGAAGCUCAGGCAGGUGACUGAGGAGAAAAUAUUUUUCAUCAGCACUCACACCAAAUGUCUGCUGAAUGGAGGUAUCAUCAACUUCUCUGAGAUGAGCGGCGAGACGCGGACUGAGGGAAAUGGAGAGGAGGACAACAAAGAUAACAUCCGAUGCAGGUGGCUUAGACUCACUUUACAAGAUCAGGAUCAGUCAACCGACAAGUUGGAGCAUCACAGCAACAAGGAGAACGUCAUUGCAGAAGUGCCUCCACAGAAAGCAGAGAAGAAGACAGAAACAGAAGUCAUUAAGGUUUACCUGGCGGCUCGUUCAGAGGCAGCAGAGAGCGUCAAGAUGCUGACAGACGAAGUGUCGCAGAUUCAGGAGGUGAGGUACUGUCUGAAGACUCUGAGAGAGCAGAUGGCAGCUAGACAAAACACAAACAACAACAAGUAUCCAGCCAAUGGCUUCAGAGUCCACGUGCCCAGCAGCCAGCCAGCUGUCACCAAUGGCAACACUGUUCUCCCCAAGUUGGAUGCUCAGGUCGGGGAUAAUCAGGAGGAGAGUGCGAGGCUCAGGGAGGCGACCCGACGUCUGUACUCACAGCUGAAGGAGAUGGAGAAGAUGCAUCAGGAGGAGAAGGAGAGACUGCAGGCCAAGGUAGAGGAGUAUAGCGAUCGUGUGGCCGAGCAGACUCAGCAUCUGCAGAAGGCGGAGAAGCGGUCAGAGGACAGGGGUAAGCAGGUGGAGGACCUACAGAGGCUGCUGGGAAACAUGGAGAUCGAGAGCGGCAUCCUCAAAGACAAGAUGGCGGCAGGGGAGGCAGAGCUGCUGCAGCUCAGAGCAGACAGGGAGGAAAGUGAGGAGGAUGAGCCGAGGUGUGAAAAGCUUGAGAAAGAGGUGGCCAUCCUGAAGGAGAAGAUUCAUCACCUUGACGACAUGUUAAAGAGCCAGCAGAGGAAAGUUCGCCACAUGAUCGAACAGCUGCAAAACUCCCGGACGGUGAUCCAAGAGAGAGAUCGCUUCAUCAGAGAUCUGGAGGAGAAGGUGGCUUACCUGGAAGCUGAGAACAGACAAAUGCAUGACCACAUGGAAUACUUCCUGGCAGGCAAGGACCCUCAGCCUCUAACGCCUACUGAGAACAAACCUGAGGUUGUUUACAGUAAGACACUUACACCGACGUCACAAACCAACAAGGCUCUCCCGUUCAUCAAAGUCAUCGAGAUCAAGUCCUGAGUUGAGUGUCAACCAAAAUAAUGAUUACAGUAUAAAUGUAUAUUUAACCACACACCUUUUUAUAAAAUGCAGAUCUGGGGUAUUUAAAAAAGACUGGCAAACAGACUUCAUGGUGACAAAGCACAUUGGUCCUGUUUUAGAACCUCAGUUACUUUUAAGGCUGUUCUGCGUACCUUCACUUAGUCUCUGAUUGUCAAACAGAAUCUAAAAAAGGAAAGUAAGGGAGAACUCAACUUAGGAUCCAAUGAUAGGAGGGAUCCUUUAAAGGAAAAAAGAAGAUGUGCAUCGCAUAGAACUUUAGUGAACCUCAUACAUGAGACAGCAUGAGUGCAGUUACAACUCUAUUAUCUUCCAUCAAGAAGUAAACAGCUUGAAAAGGUAAAUUCAAAAGGAUAGUUUGAGCCUGAUAUCUGUUAAUAUUUGUAAAUGUCUCUGUUACAAACUACAUUUGGAAAAAUGUACAUAAAAUCUAUUAGAUUUUCGGCACUUCUUCAACCUGCAGCCUGUUAACAAAGAUCCUGAGCUGCAGGGUCACAUUCCUCAGUGCUUUGCACCACACUGCUAAUGGCGGGCAGUUAGCAAUUUCAAUGCUAAAGUAUGAUUUAUGUUUAACUUAAAUGUUUUUCUCUGACAUAAGAGUGGGUUUAAUGUAUAUUAUUAUGUAAUAAUAAUAGUGAUACUGUAUUAUAUAUAUUGGAGGGUUAACCUUUAUUUUAUUAAUGCUGGAAAACACUUAUAAGGCUAAUGCUAGAGGCUAGUUUUUAUUUCUUAUCUAUGCUGCCAAGUGAUGCCUCAACAUCCUUAUUAUUAUCCUGUUUUGUGCUAAACGUUUGCAUGUUUAAUAACAACCUUGAACUGAUAAACUGACUUCAGAAUGAUCCAUUUUUUGUAUGCUUUUUUUCUGUAAAAUACUCUCAAUCCAGUAUAUACACUUUUAUAAACCAAGUCCCAUUCACUGUGAACACUGAAUUUUGUUGUUGUUGUAGACUGCCAUCAUUUGUUUUUUCUUAUUCUGUUUAUGUACUCUUUGAGUUUUUCAUACCUAACUUCUAUGGUCUCUGUUGUGUCUUUACUACUUGAGCUUGUACUGCCACCUAGUGGAGAUAAUAAAGACAAUGAAAAUGAA